AUGCAUUCAACGGUUGACAUACCAUCCUUGGAGUUGAACGAUGCCCUGACAAAAACGGACGGUGACAAGUCAGAAGCAUUUGCGCAGCACAAUGCGUCCGUCUAUGCCACUGAUACACCACCAAGCCCAAACUGUCGUGCUCUGAGCCUCUGCUGUCUUGGCAAGCCAUCUCGGCAGACGAGCCAUAUAAAUGCUGCUGCCCUACAAGAGGCCGCGGAGUACGUGGAUUGGGUACCACUAUCUCCCGAGCCAACGUUGGAAGAGCGAUGGUUUGUCAUUAAGGCGAACAAGAACACUAAGGAGGGAGUAGGUACACUGGAGAUAACGGAAGGCUUAAUGGCCACCACCGACCACAAAAAGGCAAAUGCAUUCCUUACGUUUUUCAAAGAAAAUUAUCGGCCACCAACGGCAGAACAGACUGUGGACUGCAACCUGGCUAGAACGAGGGAGCGAUUCACAGAGUUUACCGUCAGUGAAAACGACGUGUUUCGAGAGCUCAAUACCUUAAAUAGGCAUAAAGCAGCAGGACCGGAUGGAUUGCAUCCCGCCGUGAUUCAGCCUCUGGGAAAUGCAUUAGAGGGACCGAUGACUAAGCUAUUUAAGGAGUCUAUCGGUGCUUGCAGACUCCCAGAGGACUGGGAAACUGCAACCGUAGUGACCAUUCACAAGUCAGGCCCUGGACACACGUUUGCAACUAUAGGCCGCUAA